GGAGCUUCGGGUGUCAUAGAGCAAGGUACGACGAGAAAAUGGCGAAGGUUUCUGACAUGUUCGAUGUGAACUGGGAAGAAAUGCGUGACAAGAUGAAGACUUGGCGUGAGGAGAACUACAGGAACAGCGAACACAUCAUUGAAGUCGGUGAAGAGUUGAUAAACGACCACGCUUCCAAACUCGGGGACGAUAUAUGGAUAAUACAUGAACAGGUGAUGGUUGCUGCCUUAGACUGUGGCCGAGAUGACGUAGCCCUGUCCUGUCUGCAAGAAUUACGACGGCAGUUUCCUGGCAGCCACAGAGUGAAGAAACUCACUGGCAUGAGAUUUGAAGCCAUGGAAAGGUAUGAUGAUGCUCUCCAGAUAUAUGACAGGAUAUUACAAGAAGAUCCAACUAACACAGCGACCAGAAAGAGAAAGAUCGCCAUUCGCAAAGCCCAGGGGAGAAACGCAGAGGCAAUCCGAGAGCUGAAUGAGUAUCUGGAACAAUUUGUGGGUGACCAAGAAGCUUGGCACGAACUUGCAGAACUUUACAUCAACGAACUUGAUUAUGCGAAGGCGGCCUUCUGCCUGGAGGAACUCAUAAUGACAAACCCGCACAAUCACUUUUACUAUCAGCAGUUUGCAGAAGUCAAAUACACUCAAGGUGGACUUGAAAAUCUUGAACUUGCUAGGAAAUACUUUUCCCAGUCUCUAAAGCUGAAUAACCACAACAUGAGGGCGUUGUUUGGCCUUUAUAUAUCAUCAGUCCACAUCGCUUCCAACCCCAAAGCCAGUGCAAAAAUGAAGAAGGACAAUGUGAAGUUUGCCACUUGGGCUUCUAAUCAGAUAAAAAGAGCAUACCAGCUUGCAGGUCGGACCAUGCCAGAUACUCAAACAUCCCUGAAAGCCGUAGAAAACAUGUUGGAAACGUUACAGAUCACUCAGUCCUAAAUUUUCUGAAGCCACUGCCGACCUCGCCCACGUGACCCAGAUCUCAGUUAUUGGUUUGUUCUUAAAUCGGAAUU